ACUUUAACCCCAUGGGUCGGGCUGAGGAAAAUCAACAUAUCCUAUUGGUGCUGGGAGGACAUGUCCCCCUUCACCAACACCCUGCUCCAGUGGCUCCCCGACGAACCCAGCGACGCCGGAUUUUGUGGUUAUUUAGCCGAGCCUUCCCCGCAGGGGCUGAAGGCAGCGACGUGCAUCAACGAAGUCAACGGCAGCGUCUGCGAAAGGCCAGCCAACCACAGCGCCAAGCAGUGCCGCACGCCCUGCGCCCUGCGGACACUGUGCGGGGAGUGCACGAGCGGCAGCUCCGAGUGCAUGUGGUGCAGCAACAUGAAGCAGUGCGUGGACUCCAACGCCUAUGUGGCCUCCUUCCCCUACGGGCAGUGCAUGGAGUGGUACACCAUGAGCAGUUGUCCGCCUGAAAACUGUUCAGGCUACUGCACAUGUGCUCACUGUUUGGAGCAGCCCGGUUGUGGCUGGUGCACCGAUCCCAGCAACACCGGCAAGGGGAAAUGCAUCGAGGGCUCUUACCGGGGUCCGGUCAAGAUGCCGACCCCAUCCGCACCAGGGAAACACGACCUGGAGCCCGUCCUGAACAUCAGCAUGUGUCCUGCGGAGAACAGCUACAACUGGUCCUUCAUCCAGUGUCCAGCCUGCCAGUGUAACGGGCACAGUAAGUGUGUAAACGAAAGCAUCUGUGAGAAGUGUGAAAAUCUGACCACGGGCAAACACUGCGAAACCUGCAUCUCGGGCUACUACGGCGAUCCGACUAACGGAGGAACGUGUCAGC